CGCUGUGGGGGCUCUGGAGCGGGCGGCUCUCGGCUCUCGGGCGGCCGCUGCGCUCGCUCGCUCGACACUCACUCGCCCGGAGGUUUCCCCGCCGGCCGCGUCCCGUCCCGUCCGCUCCCUGCGAACUCAGUGUGCCCUCUGCACGUCCCCGGGCCCGCUCCCGCCCGGUUACGCCAGACGCCGAUCUGCCCGACGGCGACAUGGGCGUCCCCCUAGUCCUGGAGGCUGGCAGCCGGCGCUGGGGGCCUGUGCUCCUCGCCUUCUUCCUGGCUGCCUCCCGAGCAGGUCUGGUGGCAGCGUUCAAGAUCACCACACCAUAUUCCCUGUAUGUGUGUCCUGAGGGGCAGAAUGUCACUCUCACCUGCAGACUCUUGGGCCCCAUGGCCAAAGGGCACGACGUGACCUUCUAUAAGACCUGGUACCGCAGCUCACGGGGCGAGGUGCAGGCCUGCUCGGAGCACCGGUCUAUCCGCAACCUCUCGUUCCAUGAUCUUCACUUGCAUCACAGUAGCCACCUGGCCAAUUCCAGCCAGGAUCUGGCACAGCGCCACGGGUUGGAGUUGGCCUCCGACCACCACGGCAACUUCACCUUCACCAUGCGCAACCUGACCUUGCUGGACAGUGGCCUCUAUUGCUGCCUGAUGGUGGAGAUAAGGCACCACCACUCAGAGCAGCGGCUCUACGGAGCCAUGGAGCUGCAGGUGCAGAGAGGUGAAGAAGCACCAUCCAAAUGUAUCCCAUACCCAUCUUCCUCUAAGGAGAGUGAAAGUAUCACGGCUGCCGCCCUGGCUACAAGUGCCUGCAUCGUGGGCAUCCUCUGCCUCCCUCUCAUCCUGCUCCUGGUCUACAAGCAGAGGCAGGUGGCCUCCAACCGCCGUGCCCAGGAGCUGGUGCGGAUGGACAGCAGCAACGUUCAAGGAAUUGAAAACCCGGGCUUUGAGAACUCUCCACCCUCCCAGGGGAUGGUGGAGGCCAAACCCAGGCCUCCCCUGUCCUAUGUGGCCCAGCGGCAGCCUUCUGAGUCUGGGCGGCACCUGCUCUCUGAGCCCAACACUCCUCUGUCUCCACAAGGCCCCGGCGAUGUCUUCUUCCCCUCCCUAGACCCUGUCCCCGACUCCCCAAACUCCGAGGCCGUCUAGACCAGCUGGGUGCCAGUAGGCAGCUGUGGCUGGGCCUGGGGCAGGUGCAUUUGAGCCAGGGCUGGCCCUCUGAGUGGUCCCUUGGCCUUGGCCCCAUUUCCUGCCUCCUGCUCCAAGCCCAGAUUCUUUGAGGUCCCCCUGAUGGUCUGACCUUCGACCCCUCGUGGCAGAAGGGAGAAGGUACUGGAUCACUCAAUCCCUGUCUCAAAGACAGUCAGGUGCUGGGAACCCACCCCAGAGGCCUGAAAUUCACCAGCUACUGAUGCCAAAUGACCUACAUCCCAGAAGCCUCAGAACUGCCAGCUUCGUGGCAGCCUCUCUCCCUGGGACAUGAGCCUUGGGACCUGUCGGUGCAGGUGGGCACUGGACAUGCCUCUCAGCGCCCCCCUCCGGGCAUGAGACACAAGACACGCUGUGGAGAGACUCCUCCCCACUGUGAUGACCCAGCUCCCCCAUCUCACCUGAGGCUGCUCAUCUGUCAGACUCACUCUUUGUACCCAGGGGGCUCCGGGGCUGGGCCUGCCUGGCCCUGGGCCACGGGGGCCUUUCCUGGCUACCUCCCAGCAGCAAACUCACUGAGGAGCUGUCAACAGGUUAAGCAAAUCUGGGGCUGCCACUGCCUAUACUCUGGUUCCCACAGUUCAUUGGCCAGAGGUCCCCAAACGGGAAGUAUACACUGGGGCACGGUGGCCACUGUGAGCCAACUGGCCUCUUGAGCAAUGCGAAUGAGGCCAGAGAUUGCACUACCCACCACAGAUGGGGGUGGGGGUGGGGAGCCGGCGGGGCCUGCUGGGAAGGUGAGAGGGCUCCCCCGCCCCUGAACCAUGUGGUCAAGGAGAUAGUGACCACAUAAUGUAUUGCCCAAACUGUGACACUUUUGAGUCUGAAGAAGGGGUGCUAUUAAAAACUACAUGGGCAACAGUGCGAACAAACCCCGUGGACAGAUGCUAAGAGCUGGGUUUAAACCCCGACUCUGCUUCCGAGGGGCCUGAAGCCCAGGGAUCCCUCCCUGCCCCAUUCUGUUCCAUUCCGUCUGUGCUGAGCCUUCACUGCAGAGCGACCCUAUCAGGUGGGAGGAGCGGGCAUGUCCAUGGAAAGGCUUGUGCCCUCUGCUCUGGACCCUCUGCUCCCAUCUCCUGCUUCAGGGCCUGACCCGGGUUUGUUUUUCUACACGUACACGAGGGGCGUCCUUGGUGGAAUUAAAAAGUUUUAAUGGAUGGA